UGCGCGGGCAGGGGCAAGCCAAAAAAGGAAGCUUCCAGUGCGUCACCAUUGUAGCAAUUGUGUAUAAGAAUUAAUGUGCCGGCGAGGGUCUCAGUUCGCAAUCUAACUCCAAAAAAGGAAGUUGAUGAAAGACCCCAAAUGAGUGACUCUGAAGAUUCCCAGGUGACCGCUUGGCAGUGCAUCGACUCAAUCCGCGACCUUGAAAGCCCACGUAGGAGCCAAGACCAAAUGGACGGCGCGGGGAUGAGCGUGGGGAGCGGGAAGGGGGUGAGGGUGACGGCAAAAUCUGCGCCGGCCGUGGACUGGGUUGGCGGCCGAAGCUUCAAGAAGCCCCCGGACUCUCCUUUCUCCGGCGGACUUCCGCUUGAGCCAUAUGAGCGGCCCGGCUCGGAGGGACCGGACUUCGGCGGGGACUUGAUUCGGCCGCCUCCAAGUGGGGCCCCACACAGGCAGACUGUGGAGGAACUCAAGAGCUUCCUGAGGGACGGACCGGUUCUCCACCCCGCAAGAAGUCCUUACUCCUACCCGCACGGGGACGGCAGCGGCGAGACCGGCAGCGGCGAGACCGGCAGGCGGCGGAGCGACGUCAGCCCACUGAGAGCGUUCAUUACCUUCAAACCUCAGCCUGAGGCUUCUAGAAAGGGGCCCGGAUCCAGAGAGAACUCUCCCAUUCACGCGCCUCUCGCCAUGGAGUCAUCCAGCUCGCCCAGCCCUGACGCCAACACAAACAGACAGACAGAAGUUCCCGCGCGCGCUGGCAACAGCGGAGGCUCCCGCAGAGAGACCAAAGCCCUUCACACAGAUAACGGGAACGAGAGCCCGGACACGUCAGGGAAUCAAAGGUUCAUCUCCAGCAUGGAGGCCAUCAAGCAGCAGAUGGCCAGGGAGAACAUCAACUUUGUACGCUUCGAGGCCACCGACCUGCACGGGGUCUCCAGAUCCAAGACCGUGCCCGUCCGCUUCUUCCAUGAAAAGGCGGUGUACGGCAUCCCCAUGCCGAGGAGCUACCUGGAGCUGACGCUGAGUCCGAAGAGCAACGAGGUAGACCACGCCAACGCCGCCAACUUCAGCAGCGACAUCCUCCUGAUUCCGGACCUGUCCACCUUCCGGAUCCUCCCGUGGGCCGAGCAGACGGCGAGGGUCAUCUGCGACCCGUGCACGGUGACGGGCGCUCCCCUGCGGACGUCCCCUCGCCUCCUGGCCAAGCAGCUCCUGAGCCAGCUCCAGAGCCUGGGCUUCUCCUUGCACUCCUCCUUCACCUACGAGUGUUGCGUGCUGGGGGCGCCCGACCGCAUGGGGCCCAAGACGCUGCUGUUUCCCGCCACCACCCUGCUGGGUAAUCACGACUUGCCCUUCUUCCAGCAGCUGGUGGACGGCAUGUACUGCAUGGGCGCCGACGUGGACAGCAUGGCCUCGGCCAGUGGGCCGGGCCAGAUGGAGAUCAACCUGAGGCCCGAAUUCGGCAUCGCGGCGGCCGACAGCGCCUUCACCUUCCGCACCGGCAUCAAGGAGAUGGCCCGCAAACACAGCUACAUUGCGAGCUUCUUCACGGACGACGGCCUCUACAACGCCGGCGUGCUCUCCCACAGCCUGUGGGACGCCAACGGGCGGCGGAGUCUGUUCCAAAGCGGCGAGAAGGCGGCGGCGGGUGAGCUGUCCGACAUCGGCCGCAAGUGGCUGGCCGGGCUCCUGACGCACUCGGCCGCCCUCAGCUGCCUCAUGUCGCCGGGUCUCGGUUGCCGCAGCCACAUGGCCAAGGCCGUCAAGGACCCCAAGCGGACGCUGUACGCCACCUACGGCUGCAACGACAACAGCAGCUCCUUCAACGUCAAGUCCCACGGAGGCCGCGAGACCCACAUCGACAACAAGCUGGGCUCGGCCAUGGCCAACCCCUACGUGGUUCUGGCCGCCACCGCCGCCGCCGGAUUGGACGGCAUCCGCCGCAACCUGAGCAUCGAGGGCGGCGUGCGCAAGGCGCCCGCUCAGCAGAAGGAAUUUGCCAUCGCCGUCAAGCUGGACGACGCCCUGGAGGCGCUGGCCGAGGACCACGUCAUCCGCGGCGCCUUGGGCGAGCCCUUUGUCCAGUACUUCAUCGCCAUGAAGAAGUUUGAAAUUGAGACCCAGGAACUGGACGACGAGAGGAACAAGUGCCUGGAAUACUUUAUCUAG